CCGGGAGGCGGAAGUGGAAGUUGUUGUGGCGCUGAGGGUUGUGCGAGGAUCUGCUGCUGCUGCUGCUGAGGCGGCGGCAGUGGCGCUGAGGUGGUGGCGGCGGCGCUGCUCACACCGGGCCGCUCGGCCUGUCGGCUCGCGUCCCAGCCUCUCCUGAGCCCGCCGGGGCCCGCGCCGGCCAGCGCCUGCCCUAUGAGUGUGUCACUGGUUGUUAUCCGUCUGGAGCUCGCAGAACACUCGCCCGUCCCCGCCGGCUUCGGCUUCAGCGCCGCGGCUGGGGAAAUGUCUGAUGAGGAGAUCAAAAAGAAGACACUAGCUUCAGCUGUAGCCUGUUUAGAAGGGAAGUCACCAGGGGAGAAAGCAGCAGUCAUACAUCAGCAUCUUGGCCGUCGAGAAAUGACAGAUAUGAUCAUUGAGACCAUGAAGUCCAACCCAGAUGAGCUGAAAGCUACCAUGGAAGAAGGAAAGUCUUCAGAAGCGUCCCCGACUGCACAGAGAAGUAAAGAUCAAAGUGAAGAAAGCAUUAACGCUGCUCCCGAUUCUCCGUCCAAACAGCUUCCAGAUCAGAUUUCAUUCUUCAGUGGAAAUCCAUCAGUUGAAAUAGUUCAUGGCAUUAUGCAUCUAUACAAGACAAAUAAGAUGACCUCCUUAAAAGAAGAUGUGAGGCGCAGUGCCAUGCUGUGUAUUCUCACAGUCCCUGCUACAAUGACCAGUCAUGACCUUAUGAAGUUUGUCGCCCCAUUUAAUGAAGUAAUUGAACAAAUGAAAAUCAUCAGAGACUCUACUCCAAAUCAAUAUAUGGUGCUGAUAAAGUUUAGUGCACAGGCCGAUGCAGAUAGUUUUUACGUGGCAUGCAAUGGCCGCCAGUUCAACUCAAUAGAAGAUGAUGUUUGCCAGCUGGUCUAUGUGGAAAGGGCUGAAGUACUGAAAUCGGAAGAUGGCGCCAGUCUCCCCGUGAUGGACCUGACCGAGCUCCCCAAGUGCACGGUGUGUCUGGAGCGCAUGGAUGAGUCUGUGAAUGGCAUCCUCACCACGUUAUGUAACCACAGCUUCCACAGCCAGUGUCUGCAGCGCUGGGACGACACAACGUGUCCCGUUUGCCGAUACUGUCAAACUCCAGAGCCAGUAGAAGAAAAUAAGUGUUUUGAAUGUGGUGUUCAGGAAAACCUUUGGAUUUGUUUAAUAUGUGGCCACAUAGGAUGUGGACGAUAUGUAAGUCGACACGCUUAUAAGCACUUUGAGGAAACCCAGCACACCUAUGCCAUGCAGCUCACCAACCAUCGAGUCUGGGACUAUGCUGGAGAUAAUUAUGUCCAUCGACUGGUUGCAAGUAAAACAGACGGAAAAAUAGUACAGUAUGAAUGUGAGGGUGAUACUUGCCAGGAAGAGAAAAUAGAUGCCUUACAAUUAGAGUAUUCGUAUUUACUAACAAGCCAGCUGGAAUCUCAGCGAAUCUACUGGGAAAACAAGAUAGUUCGAAUAGAGAAGGACACAGCAGAAGAAAUUAACAACAUGAAGACCAAAUUUAAAGAAACAAUUGAGAAAUGUGAUAACCUGGAGCACAGACUAAAUGAUCUCCUAAAAGAAAAGCAGUCUGUGGAAAGAAAGUGCACUCAGCUAAACACAAAAGUAGCCAAACUCUCCACAGAGCUCAAAGAGGAGCAGGAAAUGAACAAGUGUUUGCGAGCCAAUCAGGUCCUCCUGCAGAACAAGCUGAAGGAGGAGGAGAGGAUUUUGAAGGAGACCUGUGACCAGAAGGAUCUGCAGAUCACCGAGAUACAGGAGCAGCUGCGUGAUGUCAUGUUCUACCUAGAGACGCAGCAGAAGAUCAACCACCUGCCUGCUGAGACCCGGCAGGAGAUCCAGGAGGGACAGAUCAACAUUGCCAUGGCCUCCGCCUCGAGCACCCCCUCUUCGGGGGGCAGUGGGAAGCUGCCCUCCAGGAAGGGCCGCAGCAAGAGGGGCAAGUGACCUUCAGAGACACAGGUGUUCUUGAGACUUUUCCCUGGUGCGAGGGGGCGCUGGGGCCUUCGGUUAAAUGUGAGGCUGGGCCCUAAGUAAGUACAAGUGCGGAUCAAGCUGCAAUCGUUUGGAUCUUUCAUUUGCUAGUGUGUGGUGUGAUGAACGUACAGGGUGCUGCCUAGGGGAGCUGAUGGAAAUGGGCAGCGUUUUAAAAGGUGGCUGCUUUUCUCAACUGUAACAGUUCACUAACCUCAGACAUUCUAAUGACCAUUUUGCCUUCCGACUUGAUAGAUGCCCCAAAUCUGUGUAUUUUUCCGUUGUAUUUAUUGAGUUGGUGUGUUUGACAUUCAGUUCUGGGGUCGGUAGGUAAGGUUACCCAGCACGAAAGCAUCGAAGCUCCCUGAGGCCAUAGCAGCUGCCUUAGAGAGAGAUUCGCAUUGGCUCCUGAGGAUUUCUGACAGCUCCCAUCAUUGGUCCACUAUCGUUGUGAUCCCACCCUGCCCCUGGGAAUUGAAGCUCUGGUUAAAUGUUAUAUGAAAAGAGGCUGGGCCUAUAAACCAGGCACUGGCUUGUCUCCGGCAGCCAUAUCUUCUUGCUCUAGGGCUAGCCAGGAAAAACAAACAACCCGCGACAGAGUAGACACAGUGUAGGAAAAAUGGUGGUGUUUCCACUUUGUUUAUUUUUGAUGACUCUCCACCUCAGUCUGAACCUCAAAUAUGGAGGCGGCUUCAUGGUGGCUCCAAGACUCAGAUCUCAGAGUGGGUUUCCUAGCAUCUCGCAGGAAUAAGCAGGCAGUUUUAUCUUCCAUCUGAAAAUGUGAAGCCUCUGACUAGCGGAUUGUGUAUUUUGCUGGGAUCAGUAUUUUCUGAAUGUUUACAGUUGAUUGCGCUGCAUGUUCAGGUUGCAGCUAGAGGGAGCUUGGGCAGAUUUUCAAUUACUCUUUCAAGAUAUAACCAAAGGCUGUUUCCGAAUCCGAAAAUUAGAAUUUUAACAGAGCCUCCUUUAAAACAGUCAUUUAAUGCUUGUUGUGAGCCAACAGAGGGGCUGUGUACUUUCUGUAGAAACAUAAACGUCAAAUAAUUCAUAAUGUGCAGUAACUGAGCAAAAUUAAAAGUACGAGCCUUUGGAAUUUAGCUUCCAAAAGAGGGAGCUGGAUCGGUUAACAAGACACACAGUUAAAUGGUGAGUUUAUUUUCUGCUUUAUAAUUAGCCAAAGUUCAAGUUAUCACGUUUCAGAAUUGUUUUUUAGCCUAUGGUUAGGCCUCAUCCCCUUUGACCUACAUGUCUUACAAGUUACUUGUUAGCACACCAGCUGUGUCGCUAAUCACCAUCCAUGGUUGUGGGAUGUGCUGCAGCAUUUCCCAAAGAACCUUACCUGUAAUUUUGCAAAAUGAAUGUACUCAAACAUUCUCAGUUUUCACUUAGGGCAGACCAACUAUAAGUCACCCUUGGACUUACAUACACAGAUACCGUAGAGCAAGAGUGGGAAUGUAAAGCAUAACCUAUUUCUCUUUCCUAUAGAGAUUCUAUUUUAUUUAAAAUCUAUUUUUACACUAGUUAGAAUCCUGCUUUUUUGGCCAAGUACUUGUCUUGCAUGUCUGACCUUGCAGAAGCUGGGGUGGAUUGUAGCAUACUAAUGAAGAGAAUUAGAAGUAGUUUACAAAGCUUGCUGGCUCCUUAUUUCUCUGUGAUCACCUCCAUCAAGCAGCCCUACCACCAGCCGGGAGAGUACAGAUUUUCAGUAGAGGUGGGAUAAAUGUUUUGAAAGGCUGUGCCCAGAGGAAUGAGCAAAUAGGCAAAUGUUUCCAAACUACUUGAAGGUUUUUUAAAAAUGUUGCAGAAAAAUUAAAAUCUUACCAAGAGGUAUAAAAAAAUGUUUAAAAAAAUGGUUAAAAAGUCAGUUUUAAUUUGACAAAAUUACACAAGAUAGAAGCUAUUGGUGUUUUCUUCAGGAUGGAAGUGAACCACUUAACAUCCAUACUACCUUGAACAAUGAAAUUGCAUUAAAGUAACCAAACUUUGAAAUGAUUCUGCCCCAUGUGAAAUUUGUGUCUCUCUGAUUGACAUUUGCUUGGGAGCUUGUAUCUAAAUAAUCUAAGUAUCAGUGGCCCAGAUUUAAAAAGCAACAUAAAAAUCAACCCUACAAUAAUAUAGUGAGCAGCUAGAUGAUUAUUCUUUCUGCCCCUUUGCUUCAACUUCCCAAACUAAUAAUAAGUACCUGAGCAGAUACAGAAUAGGAAAAAUUAUCUGAAUUUGGAGGUUUGGGAUAGGAGAAGACCCAGGCACAACUCUUUUGCAAACUUGAAGUAAUCAAUGUAUACACCUGAGACUUUUUUCUAGCCCCAACACCACACUGAGAUUGUUUAUUUUUGGAAACUGUCACCAAUGUGACUUGUUAGGAUACACGGGGUAAGAUGAAACACUGAAGUGCCCCACCACUUCCUUGUCUGCACAUUGAAAGGGCGCUGAGAAACUCUUAAACAGCCGAGCCAGCAGUGUGUGGAAAACUGGGCAGAUCACGCACGAAUGAACCACCUUCUGUCAUCACUUGGAGACCCCUGUCCUAGUGCAGUCGGGAUCCACUAGCUAUAGAUACUGUCCUUAAGGUUGGGCUGUUGUGCCCAGUGCCACAUUGCUUGGGCUGGUGGCAAAUUCUGGCUCAUGUGAUGAAGUCCAUGGGCUCAUCUAAAAAAGGAACAUCACUCUCACAACAUUGGAAGAAAGCUAUUUUGUUUUCUCCAGGAUAAAGCUGAAUUAACUGUCGUGGCAAUUCUGCUGUGGUACUUCUUUCUUGGCAGCAGAAGAGAAAUUUUUCAGGAGUCUUACGACCCAACUGCUGCUCCCUCGAUGGCGCCAAAGGACAUCUACAGCACUCAAAGACCUGCCCAUCACCGUAAGUUGAGGGAGCCACCAAGUGUUCCCCAGCUGGCCUCUGCAGCUGGCCACGCUUCAUUCUUGCCUGUGAAAAUUUCUGAAGUGGGAGUCCUAGAAUAUCUACAUAGUGGCUUCACCCACAGAUGGGGCUUAUCAAGGUACAAUUUUUAAAUGACAGGAAAGAGUGAAGUAGUAAUAGGGAUGAAAGCCUUUCCCUUCAGGAACCCCAAGUUUGACCCCAGCGCCAAAGCCAAGUGUAUCCUCUGAAGUUGAAUUUUUACCCCCAAACACUACU